GCAACCUCACAGUAUGGCGCUCUCGAUCUUUGUUCCGAUCGGGUACAUCACCAUCCUCGUCGUCUCGCUCUCCGUCUUCUCCAGAGUCUACCGAAAGCGAUCGGCGCGGGCGCUGGCGAAGGAACAUGCCUCCUGGUUCCCGGAGGGACACCCAGAGAGAGACGUCUAUCAGACACUGGUAUUAGCCGCUGCCAACAGCAACGAUGGGACCGAGGGGAAGCAGGCGACGAUUCCCGAGGUGGUGCUCAAGGCUGCGUUGCUGAAUCGAGCCAUGACCGACGUGCGAAGAAUCAUUCGUAUGAGAGACGACAAGCAGGCGCUCGCCGUCUUGCUCCAAAAGGGUUCAAUCGGCGAUGAGACAAUGGCAAGAUUCGGCAUGGCGGAAAAGGAGCUCGAAGCGGAGAUUCUUGACGUGGUCAGCGAGGCAAAUACCUUCAAGGAGGGCUGGGGCCAGCUGAUCUUUCCCUCGGCAAGCGAGAUGGUAGCCCACCUCAAGCACAAAGAAGUCUACUACGACAUUCACAAACAGAGGGCAGAAGAGACAAAGAAGCUUGUCGAUGCAGGCAAGCCCGUGCCACAAUCCAGAGUGCCCCUGCCACCGCUCGUCACGCCCGCUGGGACCAGUAUCACGAUCGGAACUCCGCCGCAGCAAGGGUCGUCCGGUUCGAAUACACCGUUGAAGGUCAAUGCCCCGCAGACCAACGGCACAGCGGCGGCGGCAAAAGCAGCGGCAGGGUCUGGCAAGGCAGCCACCACGGUAGAGGAAGCGGCCGAUGACGAUCAAGUGAGUUCUCGCUUGCUUUUUUCUCUCUCUCGUUCUCCCCCUCAUCUCCUCUCUCUCUCUCUCUUCUCUCUCCUCCCUGUUUUUUUCUUCAUUUUUUGCUCCCAUCUCUUCUUCGGACCCUCCCGUGCUCGGCCUAAAGUGAAAUGGCAUCGUGAGCCGGAGAUACCACGGGGAAUAGGGAACGAAAAGCAGUUGGCACAUGGUGUGUAAUGCUGAGUGUUUUUUCCUCUGCCUCGCUGUGACCGAGACACUUUCAUUUCCUCUUGUUUCUAUGCCAUUGAGCACGAUCCCCAAAUCGUUAGGAAGCGUUGAAAGCUGACCCACGUCUUGCUCCUCAACAGACUGAUAAUAGGGAAGGAUCGGCAGCCACCGCCAAGACCAACGGCGAGGCUGCAACGUCGCGAAGAGAAGCCAGCGCAGCCUCUUCCUCCAAUCAAACCAUUUCGUCG